GGAGACUCGACUCUCUCAGUCUGCCGAAGAAUCAAGAAGGCUUCAGUCACAUAAGAGACGGCUGCUGUUUCUCUCCCGGAGCAGCGGCAGAGACCAGACUCUCCUGGACCUGAACCCAGCUGUGUGUCCAUGGAUCCACCUGUACAGUUUAAAGGACAACUUCCUUCAGAGAUUCACAGGAAGCCACAAUGACGGCAGAGGACAUUUUGAACGCACUGAAGGAUUUAGGAGAAGAUGACUUUAAGACUUUCAAGUGGUACCUGCAGCAGCCUGACAUCCUGGGAGGCUACCAAGCCAUCAAAGUGUUCAAGCUGGAGAAAGCAGAAAGAUGGGACACAGUGAAUGUGAUGGUGAACACCUAUAAACCUGAUGGAGCUCUGAAGGUGACCAAGAAGGUCUUAGAGAAGAUCAACAGGAAUGAUCUGGUGCAGAGUCUGUCAGACACCAGCUCAGGACCACGAGUCUCUGAGCAGCAGCAGCAGCAGCAGCCAGCAGACCAGCUUGCCAGUGGUGGUGACGAAGAGGCAGUACCAGGCACCAGCCACGAGCCCCGAGCUCCACAGGGUGCAGAUAUGAUUGUUCCAGUACCAGAGCCACGACACAUCUUACUUUACCAACACUUGCUUCAAUCAUACCUUCAAGAUAAGUUCAUGUGUGCACAAGAGGGGUGGGCACAGAAGAAGGAUGAGCAGCGUCUGGAUGAUAUCUACACAGAGCUGUACAUCACAGCUGGAGGUGACGUACACAUCAACACACAGCAUGAGGUCACACAGAUUGAGGCCAAGAGGAAGCCAGCAGAUACAGAGAAUCCAAUUAAACCCAAUGACAUGUUCAAACCCCCCUCUGGAAGAUAUAAACCCAUUAGAACAGUGCUGACCAAUGGAAUCGCAGGAAUUGGAAAAACAUUUCUUGUGCGCAAGUUUGUGUUGGACUGGGCUGAAAAAAGAACCAAUCAAGAUGUGCAUCUUGUUUUCCCCUUCACCUUCCGCCAGCUGAAUUUAUUGAAGGAGAAAAAAAUAUGUUGUUGUAUGGCAGAGCUCAUUCAUGAAUGUAUCAGGGAGACCAAAGACAUCAAGAGAGAAGCUCUUAAUUACAUCUUUACAACUCUGCAGUCAUCAGGAAACACCAACUUUGACAAGAGCAGGUUCAAACUUCUCUUUGUGUUGGAUGGACUGGAUGAGAGCCGCCUUCAACUGGACUGUUCUAAUAAUAAAAACCAGGAGGCGGACUUUGAUGUGACAGAGUCGAUCCCGGUGGAUGUGCUGGUAACAAACCUCAUCAAGAAGAAUCUGCUUCCCUCUGCUCGCCUCUGGAUAACCACACGACCUGCAGCAGCCAAUCAGAUCCAUUCUGAUUUUGUGGACAUCAUGACAGAGGUUAGAGGAUUCACUGACCAGCAGAAGGAGGAGUACUUCAGGAAGAGAUUCAGAGAUGAGGAGCAGGCCAACAGAAUCGUCUCCCACAUCAAGAAAUCACAAAGCCUCCACAUCAUGUGCCACAUCCCAGUCUUCUGCUGGAUCACUGCUACAGUUCUGAAGACCAGAGAGGGAGGAGAGCUGCCCAAGACCCUGACUGAGAUGUACACAGAGUUCAUGAAGUUUCAGGUUCAUCAGACCAAAAAGAAGUACGACCAAAAAAAGUGCCUUCACUACGUUAAAUCAUUAGCAAAACUGGCUUUCCACCAACUGGAAAAGGGCAACCCGAUCUUCUACGAGAGAGAUCUCAAAGAGAGUGGCAUUGAUGUCAGUGGAGCCUCGGUGUGCUCAGGAGUGUUCACAGAGAUCUUCAAAGAGGAAUGUGGAAAGGAUGAAGAUGAAGACAAGAUGUUCAGCUUUGUCCAUUUGAGUGUUCAGGAGUUUCUGGCAGCUUUAUAUGUAGAGAGGGAACUCGUUAACAGAAACAAGAAUGUGAUGUCUGAACCAGGGCAAACUUGUGGUGGACAAGUGCGAAAGGUUUUCAGCAAAACAUCUAUGACAGAGGUCCACAUGUUUGCUAUUGACAAGGCCUUACAGAGUCCAAAUGGACACCUCGACCUGUUCCUCCGAUUCCUCCUGGGUCUUUCACUGCAGACCAAUCAGAGACACCUACGAGACCUGCUGAAAAAGAAAAGAAGCUCAGAGACCAAUCAGGAAACAGUCCAGUACAUCAAGGGGAAGAUCAGUGAGAAUCUGUCUCCAGAGCAAAGCAUCAAUCUGAUCCACUGUCUGAAUGAACUGAAUGAUCGUUCUCUAGUGGAGCAGAUCCAACAGUACCUGAGUUCAGGAAGUCUGUCCACAGAUAAACUGUCUCCUGCUCAGUGGUCAGCUCUGGUCUUCAUUUUAUUGUCAUCAGAAAACAACCUGGACGUGUUUGACCUGAAGAAAUACUUUGCUUCAGAGGAGGUCCUUCUGAGGCUGCUGCCAGUGGUCAAAGCCUCCAACAAAGCUCUGCUGAGUGGCUGUAACCUCUCAGAGAGAAGCUGCGGAGCUCUGUCCUCCGUUCUCAGCUUCCAGUCCUCGCAUCUGAGAGAGAUGGACCUGAGUAACAAUGAUCUGCAGGAUCCAGGCGUGAAGCUGCUCUCUGUUGGACUGGAGAGUCCACACUGUACACUGGAGACUCUCAGGCUGAGCGAAUCUAGGCUCACAAAGAAAUGCUGUCAGGAGCUGUCCUCAGUUCUCGGCUCCCAGUCCUCUCAUCUCAGAGAGCUGGACCUGAGUAACAACAACCUGCAGGAUUCAGGAGUGAAGCUGCUCUAUGCUAAAAUGGAAAGUCCACACUGUGCGCUGGAGACUCUCAGGCUGAGCAGCUGUAAUCUCUCAGAGAGAAGCUGUGGAGCUCUGUCCUCAGUUCUCAGCUCCCAGUCCUCCAGUCUGAGAAACCUGGACCUGAGUAACAACAACCUGCAGGAUUCAGGAGUGAAGCUUCUUUCUGUUGGGCUGGAGAGUCCACGCUGUACACUGGAGGGUCUCAGGUUGAGUCAAACAAGGCUUACAGGGAAAUGCUGUCAGGAGUUCUCAUCAGUUCUCAGCUCCCUGUCCUCUAGUCUGAAAGAGCUGGACCUGAGUAACAACGACCUGCAGGAUUCAGGAGUGAAGCUGCUCUCUGCUGGACUGGAGAGUCCACAGUGUGCAUUGGAGACUCUCAGGCUGUCAGGCUGUCAGAUCACAGAGGAAGGCUGUACCUCUCUGGCCUCAGCUCUGAGAUCCAACCCCUCCCAUCUGAGAGAGCUGGACCUGAGCUACAACCAUCCAGGAGACUCAGGAGUGAAGCUGCUGACCGCUGGACUGGAGGACCCACACUGGAGACUGGACACUCUCAGGUUGGAACAUGGUGGAAAGCAGAGGCUGAAACCUGGUCUGAGGAAGUAUGCCUGUGAACUCACAGUGGACAUGAACACAGUAAACACACAUCUCAAACUGUCCAACAACAACAGGACGGUGACAGCAGUGAGAGAGGAGCUGCCAUAUUCUGAUCAUCCAGAGAGAUUUGAAUACUGGUCUCAGCUACUGUAUAAAACUGGUCUGACUGGUCGCUGUUACUGGGAGGUGGAGUGGAGAGGGGAUGUUGACGUAUCGGUGAGUUACAGAGGAAUCGGAAGGCGAGGAGACAGCGCUGACUGCUCGUUUGGAGAUAACAAUCAGUCCUGGAGUCUGCACUGCUCUGAUUGUCAUGGUUACGCUGCCACUCACAAUGACAGAGAAACACACCUCUCCUCUACCCCUUCCUCCUCCUCCUCCUCCUCCUCUGUCUCUAACAGAGUAGCAGUGUAUGUGGACUGUCCUGCUGGCACUCUGUCCUUCUACAGAGUCUCCUCUGACUCACUGAUCCACCUCCACACCUUCAGCACCACCUUCACUGAGCCUCUUUACCCUGGCUUUGGCUUUGGAUGGCCUGGUUCAGUGUCUCUGUGUUCACUGUAGGAGGGAGAGUCUCCUCCUGUGCAGAGAAACACUCGCACUGCUGACACACACACACACACACACACACACACACACACACACUUUUUGUAAAUCAUACUGACUCAAAAUUAUGAGAAGUCAAGUUUUAAUGGUUUUCAGAUUAAGAUAAGCGCAGAAAUAAGUACACAUACAUAGAGGAACAUGCAGUAUCGUCACAAACAAAUUGACAUUGUGAUAGCAGCAGAGAAUAGUUCAUGUACAGUGAUGUGAUACCUGCAACGGUGUACACCAGAAUAGCAUAUAGUGGCAUGCAAAAGUUUGGACACCCCUGGUUGAAGCAUCUUCUUAAAUUUCGUUAUAAAGCUAUAACUUUACAUUACGCUGACAACAGUACGCGCAUAGUUCUACAUAUGCACAUACACACACGCUGACAUACACUCAUGCACAUACUAACAUUGACUGCCUCAUAUUGGUCAGAUUAGACCUGUGACCCUGCUGGGGUCUGCAGGACUCCAGUUCAGUGGACCGGGGGCCUUUAUAGGCAGUUAUGGAGAUUUAUCUUCCUUACCCCAGAAGAGGGAACUAUACCGGAAAAUACCAAAAACAAAAAGCCACAAUGGCUGAAAGAGGUGUACCUCCACUAAGAAAUGUGCCCACACUAUCACCUAAGAGUGUGUGUUUAAUCUUACAACAUUUAUUUCUUGCCUCUGGGGAUCAUAUCAGCGUCUUGCGGUCUGACCUCGUUAAUCUAUUAUAUAUAUUUAUCCAGACCAGGUUUUAUAUUUACAUUAUUUUAUCAUUGCCAGUAUCUUACCGCAGGUUUAUUUAUAUGUUUAUGGGGAUGGUAAGCUGUACUAAGUUAAACAUUACAAGGGCGCUCAUACUGCACUCAUAGUCGCUCUUUGUUAUCCUGCAGUGUAGUGUGUUGUGUGUAGUGUGGAGGAGGAGGUCAGGUUACAGUCACAGGCCUAUGAGAGGUAACAUCUGGAGGAUAUUGUAAUCAAAGAAGGUUAAAACAGGAAAUUGUUUUUGAGUUUUUGUAUUUUCAUUUCACACAUUAACACAGUUCCCCUAUAUCAUAAUGCAAUUACUGAUUGAUGUUUUAUAUUGCUAUGUUUUAUUUUAAUGAUUAUUAAACGAGCAGUAAGCAAAAUUCAUCAUUUCUAGAUUGAAGGAAUUAAAAAAAUUGUUCAUCUACGUUCAUGUGAAUCCCCUCCCUCCCUCCCUCCCUCCCUCUCGGAGCCCUUCGCCCUCCCUCCCUAUAAAAGGCUACAGCGAGCAAUGGCAGCGCGUAUUUUCGACUGUUUUAAUUAGUGUGACACACUUCGUUUUGGUCUAUAGGCAGUGCACAACAGCAAACCUAGCGGUGAAACGAAUUCGCUUAUUGCUCCUUUAAGGGGUUUUCAGUUUGGCCCACGUGUACGUACGUGCUGUUCCUGGGGUUUUCCCAGACGAGCAGGUGGCAAAACAGAAGACAUGUGAGUCAAAGACAUGUGAGUUGGUACGGCUCCGCCUCCCUCAGAAACAAAAACAGACUGCAGGGUAUUGUAAGAAUGUGCAGCAAAAUUGCAGGUAUUAACCUGAAGGAUCUCACUGCCGUUUAUCAGCUCAGAACUUUAAGCAAAGCCUGUUCCAUCCUUGAGGACCAAAGCCACCACUUGGCUGGUGAAUUCCUGCUGCUUCCGUCGGGGCGUAGGUACAUCCUGCCAAAAUGCAGGACUAACAGGCUAAAACAUUCCUUUGUCCCUGCUGCUAUUGCUCUCCUGAAUAAGUGACUGACCUGCUCUCCAUUUUUCUGUUGUCUCUUGUUAUUUAUUGUUGUCUGAGAGAUUGUUGUUUCAUUGCUUGUUUAUUACUGCUGGCUGUACAACAAAAUGCCCUACGGGGAUAAUAAAGACUCCUUGAACCUUGAAACUUCCCCACAUGGGGUUGAUGGGAUUUAUUGAAAAACUGUCCGUCGUGUCACCAAGAACUGGACUAGAGAGAAUAUGAAAAGGGUUGGUUUUUGGUGAUCGAGACCUUUUUCAAGGCCUGCAGAUG